UCUCGCGAUAUUUGUCAGAAAGCGAGAAAAAAGCUGAAGCUGCGAUGCUAACGGCUUGUUAGCUUUCUGUACUAAUAGUUUCGCAUCCAGCUAGAUGGAGGGGAAAACUGCUGACUAUUAUUAAGGGAGAGUUUUUCGUAGCGGCUGAGACUGGGUGUACUUCCUGCAGUCACCUCCUCAUCAUACUCCUCACGGUGGAUUUGAAGAUGUAGCCAAGGGGGAAGUGGGUCAUCUCUGAAUUACCAUUCCUGCCCAGGCACAAUCAGUGACUUCCCACCACCACCCUCAAUCUGGAGCACUUUGACCCCUGAUCAGGGCUGCCCAGUGCGCGACUCGGCCGUCCUCAGUCAGUCCGUCCCUGGUUGAAGACCCUGCUGUCCACAGCUAUGCUGUUCUCUUUGAGGGAACUGGUCCAGUGGCUGGGCUUUGCCACCUUUGAACUCUUCCUCCACCUGCUGGCUUUGCUGGUCUUCAGCAUGCUGGUUGCUCUGCGAGCUGAUAUGUUCACCCCCACACUCAGCUGGUGGCUGGUGUUCGUCCCGCUGUUUGCUGCCGACGGCCUCAGCACCUACUUCACGGCCAUCGUGUCCAUCCGUCUUUACCAGGAGAAUGAGAAGCGUCUUGCGGUGCUGCGGCUCCUCUGGGUGCUGACAGUGCUCAGCCUGAAGCUGGUGUGCGAGGUGCUGCUGUGUCAGAAGCUGGCGGAGCAGGAGCAAGCCAGAGACCUGUGGUUUGGCCUGAUUGUCUCACCGCUGUUUAUCCUGCUGCAGCUGCUCAUGAUACGAGCAUGCCGUGUCAACUGAAGAGAGGCAGUUAGUGGUCAUGCUUUUACAUCACUGACAACACAGAAACGCCAUUAGAGAUUUAAAGCAUAACAAUGGUGUAAUUUUUCUUUUGGCUCCUUGCCACUUUUUUUUUUAUAAAAAAAGCAAUUCUGAGAUUUUCAUGCACAUGUUCCAGGUCCCACCAGAAUCCAGCUGUCUAUCAUUUGCUUCAAAGGGAACACACGUUUUCAGUGCUCACUUAUGUUGCAAAAGAGUUUUUUUUUUUUUUUUAAAGAAGCAGGUAAUCUACUCUAUGUGUUUCUUAAUUCUAAAAUACACCAUACAGCCAAAAGUAUGUAGACACUCCUGUCCAUAUACAUUCAUGUACGUUAAGUCCAGGGCUAUUUGACUUCUUGGUUCCAGUGAAGGGAAAGUUUUACUGCUGCAGCAAACGGUGAUAUUUUAGUUAAGAUUGUGCUUCUACCUUUGUGGCAACAGUUUGGGGAAGGCAUUUUCCUGUUUCAAUGCAACAAAGCUUCAUUGCAAACAGUCUGGUCCAUAAAGAAAUGGUUUUCCCUGUUUGUGUGAAAGAGCUUGACUUGCCUGCACAGAGCUCUGACCUGAGACUUAUCCAACACCUUUGGUGGGAACUGGAACACCUGUGUGCCAGACCUUAUCCCCCAGAAUCAGUGUUGGACCUCACUGAUGCUCUUGGGUCCAAAUGGCAGCAAAUUCCUGCUGCCAGGUUCCAAAAUCUGGUGAGAAGCCUGAAAUCAGAAGAGUGGAGGCUGUUACAGAAACUCCCAUUGUUUUGGAAUGAGAACAGUCACAAAAGAAUAACAGUGUGACCACAUACUUUUGGCCAUGUAGUGGAAACAUACUUAAUGGUACUGAUUGCUACAGUGAACCUUUAGCUGAUACUGAAGUCUGAAUGGAAGUAGAUUAUAACGGAAUACUAAUGAAUUAAUAGCCCCAAUUUUUCUGAGCCUCCUUACCACCAGGAUGGAUCAUGGCUGUAAGUUUUUAUCAUAUUCUAGGAAUACAUAGAGUUAGAGCAGUAAAAAUGUAUUUGGGACAUGGUGCCUUUACAUAGUGCAAUCAAUGGCAGAGAAUGAGCCAAGAAGAAAAUUUAUACCAGAAUUAUGUUUUAAUGCACAUCUGCACACAGCACGUGUAAUAAAAUGGUGAAACCAAAAGGCUGGAAUGCCCAAGGCACGUUUUUGGGCAACUGUCAUAGGUAAUAGAGCUCAAGGAGUUGCUGCAGAUGUUUCGCUUUUUUCCCCAAGAGGAAGCACAAUUUGGUUAGGUUUAUUAUCUUGUGUCACUCUUUGUUGUCUGUUGCUGGGACUGUUCACACAAUUCCCCCUCCCCAAGUUGCCCGGCUUGUCAAUUCCAUUGGUGAGAAUGAACAGUAAGAAGCUGGUUCUGAAACUUGUCAGCUCAUAGCCUCAUCCCAAUGUAGAAGAACUGAAUGUGAUUUCUACAAGCAGUCAAUUGUGUGCACACGUCUUCCCUAAAUAUUGCUGUUUAUUUGUACAAUAUGUAAUGUAUUAAAUCUGUGUUAAACCAUGUGUAUGUGCUGCAUGUAUUUAAGGCCUCAUUUUCAGGUAAUUCCUGAUGUGAAAUUCUGUGUAAUAUGUAUAUGUUGGUUUUUGGAAAGAAAUUCACCAAAUUUUAUUUAUGUUCUUAUCUUCUUGUAAUGGCAUCUUUGUUGUCAUGUGUAUAUACAUGUAAAUAAACCAUCAACAUUUAACCAGUGGUGUCAAAUGAACAUUAAAGUUAGGUAGUGUGUC